ACACGCGCGAACGUCGCGUCUUUCCCCUCCCACAUUAAAUCCCCUGCCCUCUCGGCCCGCCUAAGUGGCGUAUGCUCCCCUGAGAAAGGCGAACGAAAAUCAUGCUCGGGACACGCACGCUGCGCGACCGCAGCACGUCCCACGAUCCCGACGUCGCGCAGACGACCGCCGCCGCCAAGACCGACGCGAAGACGAAGACGCAGAGCAAGACUACGCCGGGACAGUGGGUGGAGCCGUCGCUGGCGCAGCAGCCGAGCUACAAGGACCACAAGGGCGUGUCAUACUACCCGGGCGUGUCGGAGCACAUGCAGGCGCUGGGCGAAGCGCCGCUGGCGAGGGUCAAGGCACGCGUGAAGCCGGAUGGGGCGCGCAAGUCUUUGCUGCUAGGCAAGGGGGGUGGUGCUGCGGGAGGAGUGGAGGCUCAGGAGACGCCGGAAGGUACGCCUGUGCCUUUACAGACGGCUGCACAGGCUGCGAAGGAGACGGCGGAGAAUUCACGGAUGGUGCUCGUGGUGGAUGACGAGAAUGACGCCGACUACGCGCCUACGGGGGCUGGGAGCAAGAAGAAGGAGCGCGCUGCGCGUCCGCGUUCGGCGAAGCUGCCACCCGCCGCCGCCGCUGCUGCCACCACUGGAUCUGUCAAACCAAAGAUCACGCUCACGCACGCGGCUCUCAACAAGAAUCGAGUGUACGAUGCGCGGAAGAUGUUGGCUGUGGUGGAUCAGGCCAAGAUGCGUGCAAAUGCCGCAGGCAAGCCGGACCUCGCCGCCGCAGUGGAAGAGAUCUACCAGGACAGCCUGAAGAACGCACGGCUGACGGAGCUGUUGGAGAGUAUCCUCCUCCAGACCGCCAACAAGACUCAACUAGCCGAGUUCCACGCCUAUGUGCGCGCGGCGAAAAGGAGAAUCCGAGACGCCAAGGAAUCCAAAGGCAGCCAACGGAAGCAGCCGGACGCUGCAGCAAACGGUGUUGCACAAUCGUCACCACUGCUGCCCGUGCGAACACCCUCGACUAAAGUCACUCCCGUGGAGUCCGAAAAUAGUGCACUGCCGUCCACUGAGCGCCUGGCAGCCCAGCCAGCAAAAGCCAAAAUCUCACUCAAGGCGGGAAAAUCACCUUCUCAACGACUCCACCCACGGCAGAGCGGCAGCAUGUCAUUGUCGCCGUCUAACAAUAGGAAGCGGGCGGGCAGUGUCGAUAGUGAUUCUUCACUCACUGACCUGACUUCCAACCCUGACGAUGAUGAUGAGGAAGAAGACUUGACCGCUGCAGGCACAGCUACCAUGGCACACAACUCGACUACGAACGGCGUGACAGCCAAAGACCACGCUGCUGAGCGCGGCUCUCUCGCAGCACCGAAAGGCAAUCUGAAGCGUUCUUCCGCUGAAGCUGAUUUGCAAGAGGAAGAGCGUGAACGCACUCUCGCCACCAAGAAGCAGAAAAUGAGAGAGAGCAUGGUGCCUGUGGAUGAGAUGUACGAAGAGAGCAAUGUGCGAGGCGCCGCCACCACCGCUUCUACUUCACGACUCCGCUCUCUGCGAGGCAAGACUGGAUCUGCUUCCGCGGCCACCGGGCUCUCCAUCACCCCCAACGGCCUCAGGCGCUCCGCCCGCGUUGGCUCUCCCGAUCCCGACUCCCCUCUGUCGGACUUGUCACCCAUGACGUCCCGCGAGACGACACCUCAUGUUUACAGGGGGCCGAGCAAAGCUUUUGGGAAGAAGGCGAAAACGAAGCAGUCGUAAGUUUGACAUCUCCUCUAUUCAUUCAUCAUUGAGUCUGCACUGCAACACGGAGGCAUGGAAGAUGCAGAGGUCUUUGGCCGUUCCAGCAUCGUCAGCGAUGUCUGCAUCUGCAUUGGAAGGACUAUCUGAUGGAACGUGUUGUGCUCGGUCUGAGCCGUGAUUUUACGAAGCCACGCAAGUGCGGGGUUGAGCAUCCAACACACCGAUCUUUCCGUACGUCUGUUGUAUGCGCAAACG